GCGGGCUCUGCGCGCGGGGGCCGGGCUCCGCGGAGAGUGGCAGCCCGACUUGCCUGGCUGCGAGGGGCCGGGCGCCGCAGUGCCGUAGUAGCGGGCAGCUGAGACAGGCCGUUUGGGGGCCACGGACACCAGAGCAGGCGGAAGCCCCCUGGGCUGCCCAGCCCCAGCCGGGCCCUGCAGGCGGUCGGCCCCUCCUUGUCCUCGGAGGGCAGCGCGGGCGGGAAGACGCCCAGGGCGCCGGCUCGGGUCCCCUUUUCCGCCUCUGGGCUCCUGUCGCCUCCCAAGUAAGGGAAUAAGCCCCGCGGAGGGCGCGCUCUGGGAGCCGCGACCAAGUGUUGCAUUCGGUGAGGAAGAGCAAGAGUUUCUGAAUACACCUUGACUACAGAGAGAAGAACGUUGCUUGAGGAAUAACAGUAGUCUUCUGUCAUCUGCUGGCAUAGGCACUGAAUCCUCAAGACGAAGGGCUUUCCAUGACAAACCUGAAAUGAACCAGGUACUGGACCGGGGCUCAGAUUCAGCCUUGUGAACACAGCUCUGUCCCCUGGUCUCCAGAGUUCAUAACCAGCUGAAAGAUGAGUGAAGAACAGUGGGUCUCCCUCACACCAGAAGAAUUUGACCAGCUGCAGAAAUAUUCUGAAUAUUCUUCUAAGAAAAUAAAGGAUGUCUUGGCUGAAUUUAAUAAGUGUGGAAAUCUCAAACAAUAUGACCCACAUAAGCCAAUUAGCUACGAUGUCUUCAAACUGUUCAUGAGGUCGUACCUGGAAGCAGAACUUCCUCAGACGCUGAGCAAACACCUCUUCCUGGCUUUCAGCCAGAAGCCCAGACAGAAAUCCCCUGACCAUCCAAAGGCAGAGGCCAGCAACAGUGAGCACAGUGCCCUGGAUGCCAGCUUACAGAAUGUGGAUAAUGCUGCCAAUGCAGAUGAGGCCUGUGCCCCUGAUACAGAUUCAAAAAUCACUGAGAAGCAAGUACCGGCUAGAGACUAUGUGGCUGCCGCCCCCCUGGGAAAUCUUGUUACUCAAUCUGCAGCCUCAGAGCCCCCCGUAGUGUACCUGAAGGAUGUCGUGUGUUAUCUGUCUCUGCUGGAGUCCGGAAGACCUCAGGACAAGCUGGAGUUCAUGUUUCGUCUCUAUGAUUCGGAUGAGAAUGGCCUCCUGGACCAAGGGGAGAUGGACUGUAUUGUCAACCAAAUGCUGCACAUUGCCCAGUAUCUGGAGUGGGAUCCCACGGAACUAAGGCCUAUACUGAAGGACAUGUUGCAAGGGAUGGACUAUGACCAGGAUGGCUUUGUGUCUCUGGAGGAGUGGGUCCACGGGGGCAUGACCACCAUCCCAUUGCUUGUUCUCCUGGGCAUGGAUGACAUUGGCUCCAAGGGGGACGGAAGGCACUCCUGGACCAUGAAACACUUUAAGAAGCCCACUUACUGCAAUUUCUGCCAUGUCAUGCUGAUGGGUGUUCGGAAGCAAGGCCUGUGCUGCAUUUACUGUAAAUACACUGUCCAUGAACGCUGUGUGUCAAAAAACAUUCCUGGAUGUGUCAAAACAUUUUCAAAAUCCAAAAAGGGCACCGAGGUGAUGCAGCACGCGUGGGUAGAAGGGAACUCUUCCAUCAAGUGUGACCGGUGCCAUAAAAAUAUCAAGUGCUACCAGAGUGUCACCGCGCGGCACUGCGUGUGGUGCCGGAUGACGUUCCACCGCAAAUGUGAAUUGGCGACGUUGUGUGACGGUGGGGAACUCAGAGACCAUAUUUUGCUGCCCACCUCGAUCUGCCCCAUCACCAGGGACAAGCCAGGUGGGAGUUCUGAUGGCAGCAUGACAUCCAAGGGCGACCUUGUAAUGCAGUAUAAGAUCAUUCCCACACCUGGUACCCACCCCCUGCUGGUGUUGGUGAACCCUAAGAGUGGAGGAAGACAAGGUGAAAGAAUUCUUCGGAAAUUCCACUAUCUGCUCAACCCCAGACAAGUCUUCAACCUGGACAGUGGGGGCCCUACUCCAGGAUUGAACUUUUUCCGAGAUACUCCAGACUUCCGUGUUUUGGCCUGUGGAGGAGACGGAACAGUUGGCUGGAUUUUGGAUUGUAUUGAUAAAGCCAACUUUACAAAGCAUCCACCGGUGGCUGUCCUGCCUCUUGGAACAGGGAACGACCUGGCCCGGUGUCUCCGCUGGGGAGGAGGUUACGAAGGGGGCAGCCUGACAAAAAUCCUGAAGGACAUUGAGCAGAGCCCCUUGGUGAUGUUGGACCGAUGGCAUCUGGAAGUCCUCCCCAGAGAGGAGGUGGAGAACGGAGACCAAGUCCCAUAUGACAUCAUAAACAACUACUUCUCCAUUGGUGUGGAUGCUUCCAUUGCACACAGAUUCCAUGUGAUGAGAGAAAAACACCCUGAGAAAUUCAACAGCAGGAUGAAGAACAAGUUGUGGUACUUUGAAUUUGGCACUUCAGAGACCUUUGCAGCCACCUGCAAGAAACUCCAUGACCACAUAGAGUUGGAGUGUGAUGGGGUCGGGGUAGAUUUGAGCAACAUCUUCCUUGAAGGCAUCGCCAUUCUCAACAUUCCCAGCAUGUAUGGUGGCACCAAUCUCUGGGGAGAAACUAAGAAGAACCGGACUGUGAUUCGGGAAAGCAGAAAGGUCGUCACCGACCCCAAGGAACUGAAAUUCUGUGUCCAAGAUCUCAGUGACCAGCUCCUUGAAGUGGUGGGGCUAGAGGGAGCCAUGGAAAUGGGACAGAUCUACACUGGCCUGAAGAGUGCGGGCAGGAGACUGGCCCAGUGCUCCUCUGUCACCAUCAGGACGAACAAGCUGCUGCCCAUGCAAGUAGACGGAGAGCCUUGGAUGCAGCCACCUUGCACGAUUAAAAUUACUCACAAGAACCAAGCACCCAUGAUGAUGGGGCCUCCCCAGAAGAGCAGCUUCUUCUCACUGAGAAGGAAGAGUCGUUCAAAAGACUAAACAUUAUGCCAAGCACCAGUCACACCAAGAGAGAAAACAAGAAACUGUAAAACACUCACACACAUGUGCACACACACACACUCACACACAUGUGCACACACACACAUGUGCACACUCACACACAUGUGCACACACACACACACUCACACUCACACAUUUCUCUAACCAGUGGAAGUAAAACCACCCUCCAAGAAGGAACCUUCACCUAGCCAUACAGUCUUUCUAUUUCAAGAAUUGUUACACCCCAACAGAACCCUGUGUUUGGACUUAGAGCCCACCACCAGGUGGUGGUCAGCUCAUGGGGUAGCUUCCACAUUCCCAGGCCUAAGUGUGGACCCUCUGAGGCUAAAGGAGAAAUCCUCCUUUCUUUCUACGUGUCCUGCAAAACUCACUCAUGGGAGUAUACAAGAAGUAGGUUUCCUGCCUUCCAUGAAAUUGGAUGUGGCCAAGGGAGAGAACUCCUGCUCCAGAGAGGUUGCAGAGACAAGAUGGCUUCCAUCUCUCAGAAGAAUCCUUGGUAGGGCUCAGCAAGUACACACUGGUUUCUUGGUUGUCCUUCAAGCAACAAUUUCUCCCAGAACUUGCUGAGGAAGCAGAAUGGCUGUGAAAAGCUGUGUUUCCAUUCUUGGUUCUCCGCUCCUGUCAGUGGGCACUUGUUAUUUUCCUGAAGCCUCCUCCUGGUGACUGUAUAUUUGUUUAGAGACAGCUCCAAGAGCCCCCAGAGCUGCCGGCAAGGCACACCUUAGAUGUGGUAUUUAUUUUCUUAGUUCUCUGAACACCUGGGAGGGAAAGCAGAGAAACUGGGGUUUAUUUUUCAAAUUGGUGUCAUAAUAUUGUAUAAAAAGGGAAGAAAAAAAAACAUACAUCCCCCUCCCCCCACUUCGUUCUUUUUUCUAGCCAAAGUGUGUUUCCUGUUUGAGCUCCAAGCCCUGGGAGCAGACUAUUCCUGAAGGCAGAGAAGCUGGGGCCUUUGGCUGAGGAGACCAGACAACACAGUUCUCUCCUGCCUCUUUGCACCAGCUGCUCCCAGAGUAUAAUCUGAAGGCCCUCUGAUGGUCUUAUCUGUGUGUACAUAUGUGCAGUAUAUAUAUUUAUAUACAUAAUUAUUUAUUUACCAAUGAACCUUUUUUUUUAUUGAAAAAAAAUAUAUAGUUUAGGAACAGAAAGUGACAAAGAAACAAAGGUUCUUAUGCCCCCCGUCCCCUGUUCUACCAUUUCAUUUCCCCAUGGUGAUCAUAAGGCUUAGAGGAAAUGAAAGUUUCUCCUUAGAAGAAGAAGAAACAGACUAUUCCUCCUGACUGGAUCCUAAAAACAGUCAUGAAAGAUAUUCUGGGUGGGAUUUACUCAUUUGUCCGAUGAGAAAACUGACUAUUUCAGAAAUGUCAAUAGGUUUCCCACAGUAUCUUGGCUAGUAUGAUCUGGGAAACGAGGCCACUGAGAAGAUAAUGAGUAAACAAGACAAUUCACAAGUCUUGGAAUAGGGUCAUUUCUAGCCACUGAUAAGUGAUACAGUUUGGAUCCAAGUUGGCAGGGAAGAAUGGAUGUGCAGCACAUGCAUGGAUGGCACAAACCCCACUUGAGAAAGCAAGGACCUCGCAGUGCUUCUUAGAGUUUCUCUGUGGCCAAGCUGGUAAGAGAUGGGUCUGGAGAUGAAGACAUUACAUAUCAUCAUCAGAUCAUCUCUUCCUGCCACCUCAUCAUGGCCAGGGCUACAGAGUCACAAGGACAAAGGCACCUUCUGCAAGAUGCUGCCAGCCAGUUCCCAGAUGAGUCAAGGCAGAGCUCAGUGGGCUUCAUGGAGCUGGUGCUGGCUGAUUUCCCAAGGAUAUAUCUGUGUAGAGCUUCACUGGUAGAAAGAAACAUUUGCAUUAGCACUUUUGUUCCCUUGGGUCUCCAUCCCUCUCUGAGAUUUCUCAAGAGGAAGCCUGGACCUCUUCAACAUCUGUCCACUGAGUUUAAUCUGGGUUCUUUAUACUGAGGUAGAUGCUAUGGACAAGGAAGGGAAAAUAGAGAUUCUGUGUAUAAAUUGAUCCUUACUCUGAAGGAAGUAGUCACCUAGGACCAUCUAGGAUGGAGAUCUAAGAGCAUCUUGCCUGACCUAGUAGAGCAGAGCACUGGACCAAGCCACAUGAAGCAUGUCUUCAAUGGUGUGAUUCUUGGUGAUGGAACCAAGAAGCUCCCGAAUGGCAGCAGGUGGCCAGAAGCAAGAGACCUGAGGAGAGAGAAGAGGGUCUUACAGCAAGUGGCUGCUCCAGCUUACAGCACAGCUGCUCUCUUCCACAGACUGGGAAGAGGUAACCUGGCAUGCCUCUCUGCGCCAUCAUUCUCAGCACCUGCUAGAUAGCUCAGAGGAAGUGAUUUUGACAGCAAAGAAGCAUAAUUUCAAGUUGCCACCUGCUACAGAGGUUCUCUUCUCUCUCUACAGAAGACAAGUAACACUCUUGGACCUUGAAGAAGUCUGGCAAGGGUUUCCUAGAGGCUGCUGAUAUGACAGUAGCCAUUCUGGGUCCAGUGGUGGUGUGAGGGAUGAUAUUCUGCCUGGGAGAAAAGAGCAGCAUGAAGAAUGUUUCGGUCACAGGGCCUUGACAUGCUCUUAAGCCUCCUGAGGCCUGUCUUCCUCCACCUAUCAAACAAGAAGGCUCUGAAGGCUUUUUCUCUUCAGCACCCUUGCCUCCCCAUGGUAGAACAUUAUGACCAUAAGUGGGGGCAGGGUCCCUGAAAUAUUCUUUUUUAAAAAAUAUUUUUCUUAAUUUAUUAUUGAUAGAGACAGAAAUUGAGAGUGGUGGGGGAUAGAGAGGGAGAGAGACAGACACCUGCAGCCCUGAUUCACCAUUUGUGAAGCUUUCCCUUUGCAGGUGGGGACCAGGGGCUUGAACCUGGGACCUUGUGCACUGUAAUGUGAGUGCUUAACCAGGGGCACCACUGUCUGGCCUUGGGGCACAGUCUUUGUUCUACAGGAUUUUCCACCAGGUCCAAGGCUUCAUCCAGUCCUGUUGACUCAGGAGAGCUGUGCCUUGCUCUCUUGGCCAAGAAUCUGCCUUCUUUCAUUCUUGAGGAUUGAUCAUGCUCAGAAACCAACUUAUCUGGGGUGGGGAUGGGGUCACCAUUAAAAUAAUAACACUACAAGGAGACUUUUAGCUAAGUCCUUCACCUAUACACACACUCGCUUACACACAGAGACACACAGACUCAAUCCCUGGAGGGUAUCCACUUCCUCUUCUGUGUAUCAAACCCAUUUUAGCCUUUCUAAUUAUGUGUGUUAGGAAAAAAUUCAAUCCCACCAACGGGAAAGCACUGCUUCCUCUUAGGGAACUUAGCUAAACCUUCAUGUUGAGGGUGACCCUGGGCACAGGUGGAAGGUAAAGGUCCAGGCACACCUCAGCUUUGGCCCAUAAAUGCAGACUUUACCAGCCAAUACUGAGGCAGUGACUAGUCAGCACGGUGCCAGGGGCCCAGUCCUCCCCUUCCUGCUCGUUCGCCUCCACUGCCUCCCUGGCCCAUAGAUGUGUUGUUCUGUACUGGUGGUUGCCUGCUCCGGCCUGCCCAUUUGCCUGCACAGAGUGCUGUGGCCUUGUUCUGUAAUGUACUGUGUAUAUGUAUGUCCUGACUCUGUGGUUUACUAUAAAUAAAAAUGACAGCAGUUGGCUGACCCCUGAA